AUGAAAAAUAGCCCGUUUAGCGGGAAAUACAUUCACCAAGGCGCAGAGCUGUUUCUGGACCCUAUAAAUGACGGUGCGUCCACGUAUGGUGAAGAAAAAACGCAUCGCAAUAAGGAACCGUCAGGUCUGGACCAGCAAACGCAGACAGCCGACACGCAAAAAACAAAACCCACCUGGGUCGACCUCUCGCACGAUACGGACGUGAACUAUCUCGCCAACGCUCCACGCGCCAACAGGGUGGAGAGGGACGACAUAGAAGUUUUAAUCGGCGAUAAAUAUGUCCCGCUCGAUGAAAUCCCCCAGAACCAACUAUAUCCCGAACUCGAGAGCCCUCCCUAUGGCCUCGAUGUCGCCGACGGCCCGCCAGAUAGGCGCAAGCGGGAGAUAAUCAACAGCGUCGCCAAGGAGCACAAAGGGCGGGACUUAGACCGGCUGGAGGAGCUGAAGAUGGGCGCUGGUGAGGUGAUCGGGCCGUUCGACGACAAAGUGGACCGGGCGAGGGGGCCGCUCGAGACGGAGACGGACAGCGAGGAUGCGAAGAUGCAGAGGAACGAGCGCCAGGCGGGCCAGAGACUCGAGGAGUCUAUGAUGACAACAGUGAGGGCCGAUAGGGUGCCCAUCGCGGUCGAGGGACUGCGGAUCGAGGACUCCGACAAGGAGCCGAAGAUCAUAGAGGACGGAAUACCAAGCGUGCUGGCGGACACAAGAGUUACAUUACGGCUCUUCGGGCAGGGCCUGACGUACGGGACGGUCAUCGCCUUCACCCACGACCCGAUGGACUACGGGCAGCCGUGCAAGUUCCUGCUCAAGGGCGAGUACAUGGUGAAGGAGGGCAGUCUGCAGGGCAAUACGGCGCUGUUCGAAAUCACAGCGCCCGCCCCGGUGGCCGGCUCCAAGCUGUACAUAUGCGCCAAGACCCUGCCCCCGGGCGUCGCCGACCCCAACUCGGACGGCGGCAAGUACCUCCACAUGGGCCCGGAGAGCUGGCGCGCUUUCGCGAUACACACCAAGCUGCUUCCCCUCUGGGUGUCCCUAGUGCUGAUAAUGCUCUGCCUGAUGUUCUCCGCCCUCUUCUCCGGGCUGAACCUCGGCCUGAUGUCCCUGGACCGCACCGAGCUGAAGAUCAUCUCGAACACGGGCACGGAGCGCGAGAGGAAGUACGCGCGCGCCAUCAUGCCCGUCCGCGACCACGGCAACUACCUGCUGUGCAGCAUCCUGCUCGGCAACGUGGCGGUGAACAGCACGUUCACCAUACUCCUCGACGAGCUCACGUCGGGGCUGUUCGCGGUGAUCUUCUCGACCCUCGCGAUCGUGCUGCUGGGCGAGAUAACGCCGCAGGCGAUAUGCUCCCGCCACGGGCUGAUGGUCGGCGCUAAGAGCAUCAUGGUGACGAAGGCCGUCAUGGCGCUUACCGCCCCGCUGGCGUACCCGGUCAGCAAGCUCCUGGACUACUUCCUCGGCGAGGAGAUCGGCAGCGUCUACAACCGGGAGAGGCUGAAGGAGCUGGUCAAGGUCACCACCGACGUGAACGACCUGGACAAGGACGAGGUGAACAUCAUCUCCGGUGCCCUGGAGCUGCGCAAGAAGACCGUCUCCGACGUGAUGACGAAGCUGGAGGACGCCUUCAUGCUGCCCAUCACCUCGAUCCUGGACUUCGAGACUAUGUCGGAGAUCAUCAAGUCUGGCUACUCCCGCAUCCCCGUCUACGAGGGGGCGCGCGGCAACAUAGUGACGGUGCUGUUCAUCAAGGACCUCGCCUUCGUGGACCCCGACGACAACACGCCGCUGAAGACCCUCUGCCAGUACUACCAGAACCCGUGCAACUUCGUCUUCGAGGAUGUCACCCUCGACGUGAUGUUCAAGCAGUUCAAGGAAGGUCAUAAAGGCCACAUGGCUUUCGUUCACCGCAUCAACAACGAGGGCGAGGGGGAUCCCUUCUACGAGACGAUGGGCCUCGUGACCCUGGAGGACGUCAUCGAGGAGAUGAUCCAGGCCGAGAUCGUGGACGAGACGGACGUGUUCAUGGACAACCGUACGAAGCGGCGCAGGAACCGGCCGCAGAACAAGCUGCAGGACUUCGCCGCUUUCGCCGAGCGCCACGAGAACCAGCGGAUUCACAUAUCGCCCCAGCUCACGCUUGCCACCUUCCAGUUCCUGAGCACCAGUGUGGACGCGUUCCGCCCUGACACCGUCUCCGAGACGGUGCUCCGCCGCCUGCUGCGGCAGGACGUGAUCCAGCACAUCAAGGUGAAGAACAAGGCGAAGCGCGACCCCUGCACGUACGUCUUCCAGCAGGGGAAGCCUGUCGACUACUUCGUGCUGAUCCUGGAGGGCCGCGUGGAGGUGACCGUCGGGAGGGAGAACCUCGUCUUCGAAGCCGGACCCUUCACCUACUUCGGGGUGCAGGCGCUGACGCAGAAUAUCGGCGUUGCCGAGUCGCCGACCCCCUCCGCGAUGGGCUCCCUGCAGAACAUAAACGUGGACUCGAUGCUGAGGCACACCUUCGUGCCGGACUACUCGGUGCGCGCCACCGCGGAGCUGUUCUACCUCACCGUCAAACGGUCGCUCUAUCUGGCGGCGAAGCGGGCCACCCUCAUGGAGAAGGGCGCCCUCUCGAAAGGUGCCACCAACGAGCAGUUCGACACCGAAGUGGACAAGUACAGUUUACGACCCGCGUCUUUACGAUGGGCGGUACGGCCCUUCACAUCUUACCCGCCCCCCUCGUCUCUUCCACCCGCUGCACACCCACCCCCUCCACCCCUUUAUCACCCCCCUCACCCCACCGUUGCACCGCAGAGGCUCGGCGGUUCCGCAGCGAGCACCCCCCCCACCCGCAGCCCCACGAUGGUGCGUCGCUCGCGGAGCCUCGAGUUCCCCACGAGCGAAAUCGGACCCAAUCCCCACGACGUUAAGCCCACGCGCACAUCGGAGAACGUCAUAGAGCUCAUGCAAGUGGCGAAGUCUCAGCGGGUCCCGUUCGGGGCGAAGGAGCGCUCGCACCGCUCGCUUCUCGAGCGUUCGUCGAACUACAAAAUGGCGCAUAACUCCAACAUGGCGGGCAACUCAAAUACGGCGGGAAACUCAGAUACGGCGGGAAACUCAAAUAUGGCGGGAAACUCAAAUAUGGCGGGAAAUUCUAAUAUGGCGGGCAACUCAAAUAUGGCGGGCAAUUCAAAUAUGGCGGCGCACACGAAUAUGGCGGCGCACACGAAUAUGGCGGCGCACACGAAUAUAGCGGGAAAUUCGGAUAUGGCGGCCGCCCGUUACUCGUCUAGCGACUUGGACGCGAAUAGUUGCGCCGAAUGCUCCAGAAAUCAUUUCUGGACUGACGCCACGAAGGUCAGGCGAGGAUCGAGCAACGAGACUGACCGCGCUGUGAAAAAGAAACGCACCUCCUUCCGAACGGACUCGUCUCUACUGUCUAUACACGAUCUAUCCUCAAGCGACGAGCGUAGACCGUCAACCGGUACGGAGAUUACCGGCGGUCCGGUACGACCGUACCAUCCGGAGCCGUGUCGCUCCACUGACGAGCUAAGUCCGGUACGAACGCGCGAUAGCGACGAUCCGCAACCGUCUCGCUCCACUGACGGGCCGACUAGUGACGUGCCCGACCCGGUCCGGACCGCUACCGGUCUCGGCGGUAGCGACCCGCGCGCGGCGGAGACCGCGUGGCGCGAAACCGAACGCCUGGUCCUGACGCAGCUGUCGAGGAUCAUAUGCCUACUGGAGAAGAGGGACCCGACC